AUGGGGAGCGGCGCUGGGGAGCGGGGCGGCGCUGAGAGGCGGCCGGUGCUCUUUCCCUUCCUGCUGCCUCUGUUCUGCCCGGCGCUGUCCGAGCAGAUCCGCUACAGGAUUCCCGAGGAAAUGCCCAAGGGCUCGGUAGUGGGGAACCUCGCCGAGGACCUGGGGUUCAGUGUGCGGGAGUUCCCGACUCGAAAACUGCGCGUCAGUUCGGAGAAGGCUUACUUCACCGUGAGCGCGGAGAGCGGGCAGUUGCUUGUGAGCAGCAGGCUGGACAGGGAGCAGAUAUGCGGGAAGAAUCCAGCGUGUGCUCUGGAAUUUGAGGCUGUUGCCGACAACCCAUUGAACUUUUAUCACGUGAGUGUGGAGAUCGAGGACAUUAAUGACCACGCGCCAAAAUUCACGCAAAAUUCCUUUGAGCUGCAAAUAAGUGAGUCUGCACAGCCAGGCACACGAUUUAUCUUGGGAUCUGCCCAUGAUGCGGAUAUUGGUACCAACUCACUGCAGAAUUACCAGCUGAGUCCCAGUGAUCAUUUCUCACUCGUCAAUAAAGAGAAAUCAGAUGGCAAUAAAUACCCUGAGCUGGUAUUGAAGAUGCCUUUAGACCGGGAAAAGCAGAAAUCCUACCACUUGACCUUGACUGCCCUGGACUUUGGAGAUCCACCCCUAAGCAGCACUGCACAGAUAGCGGUCCUAGUGACUGAUGCCAAUGACAACCCUCCAGUGUUCAGCCAAGACAUAUACAGGGUGAGCCUUCCAGAAAAUGUGUCCCCGGGCACCACCGUGCUUCGGGUGACUGCCACUGACCAGGAUGAGGGUAUCAAUGCCGAGAUCACCUUCUCUUUCAGCGAAGCUAACCAGAUCACCCAGUUUAACCUGAAUUCUAAUACUGGGGAAAUUACUAUUCUAAAUACAUUGGAUUUUGAAGAAGUCAAAGAAUAUUCCAUAAUUUUGGAAGCAAGGGAUGGUGGAGGAAUGAUUGCGCAAUGUACAGUGGAGAUAGAAGUCAUAGAUGAAAAUGACAACGUCCCAGAAGUAAUAUUCCAAUCUCUUCCUGAUCUGAUUAUGGAGGACACCGAGCUGGGAACACACAUUGCUUUGCUCAAAAUCCGUGACAAGGAUUCAGGACACAACGGAGAAGUUACUUGUAAAUUGGAAGGUGAUGUUCCGUUUAAAAUACUCACUUCGUCAAGAAACACAUACAAAUUAGUGACAGAUGGGGUUCUAGAUCGCGAGCAGAACCCAGAGUACAAUAUCACCAUCACAGUCACAGACCGAGGCAAGCCUCCGCUCUCCUCCAGCUCAAGCGUUACCCUGAACAUUGGUGACGUAAAUGACAACGCUCCGGUUUUCAGACAGGCUUCCUAUAUGGUACACGUGGCGGAGAACAAUCCUCCCGGAGUCUCCAUAGCUCAGGUCAGCGCCUCCGACCCUGACCUGGGGCCCAACGGCCACAUCUCUUAUUCCAUCGUGGGCAGUGAUCUGGAGCCCAGGAUGCUGUCGUCCUACGUGUCGGUGAGCGCGCAGAGCGGGGUGGUGUUCGCGCAGCGCGCCUUCGACCACGAGCAGCUGCGCGCCUUCGAGCUGACGCUGCAGGCCCGCGACCAGGGCUCGCCCGCGCUCAGCGCCAACGUGAGCCUGCGCGUGUUGGUGGGCGACCGCAAUGACAACGCGCCGCGGGUGCUGUACCCUGCACUGGAGCCCGACGGCUCGGCGCUGUUCGAUAUGGUGCCGCGCACCGCGGAGCCUGGCUACCUGGUCACCAAGGUGGUGGCGGUGGACGCAGACUCAGGACACAAUGCCUGGCUGUCCUACCACGUCCUGCAGGCCAGCGAGCCCGGGCUCUUCAGCCUGGGGCUACGCACCGGCGAGGUGCGCACGGCGCGUGCCUUGGGCGACAGGGACGCGGCCCGACAGCGCCUGCUGGUCGCCGUGCGUGAUGGUGGACAGCCGCCCCUCUCCGCCACCGCCACGCUACACUUGAUCUUCGCUGAUAGUCUGCAAGAGGUACUACCGGACCUCAGCGACCACCCCGCGCCCUCUGACCCCCAGGCUGAGCUGCAGUUUUACCUGGUAGUGGCCUUGGCCUUGAUCUCCGUGCUCUUCCUCCUCGCGGUGAUUCUGGCCAUUGCCCUGCGCCUGCGACGACGUUCCUCCAGCCCAGCGGUCUGGAGCUGCUUUCAGCCUGGUCAGUGUGUCAAGUCUGAACCUGUGGUUCCUCCCAACUACAGCGAGGGGACUUUGCCUUAUUCCUACAAUCUGUGCGUGGCACACACGGGAACAACGGAGUUUAAUUUCCUAAAAUGUAGUGAGCAAUUGAGUUCAGGACAAGACAUACUUUGCGGUGAUCCAUCUGGGGCCUUGUUUCCACUUUGUAAUUCCAGUGACUCGACUUCCCCUCAGGUGAGUUUCCUACUUCUCAUUGUGUACCCAAUUCUCCGUUUCACAGGAAAGUGUACAUAUUCACAGGAAAAUGUGCAAUUUUCAGAUCUUCUGAGUCACUUAAAGAAAGUUAUAGUCAGCUAA